CGUAAGCGGUUCUGCCUAGUUCCCCAUCCGUGAAGACAUCUCAGGGCUAAGUGAGCAGAGGGCUAGACUCUUGGAUCCCAGGAGAAAGGAGACAGGAAAAGCAGUAGAAAGCAGAGACUAGACACCUCAGUCUCAGGAGCCAAGCUGAAAACAAUUGAUUUGUGGGAAACCACAGAGACGGAAUAGGCAUUUCUACACCUGGGUCAGUCUCGGGCUGUUAUCACCCUAUACGCUCCUCCCUCUUACUAUGGCUAUUUUCAGUCAUUUAAGAAUCUCCAGCUGUAGGACCUUCCCAUUUAAGCUUAAGUUUUCACAGUUCAACAUGUUUAAUUUUCGGUUGCCAGAAUGAGUUUACCUCCUGGCAGGUGGCUAACCCCUGCAGCGGUACUUCCUCUCCCGGGAAGGGCUAGGAUUUGAAGUGGUGUUAACCCCAAUAAGGCACAGAGGGAAACGAAGGGGAGGCCUGUGGAAGACGGACGUGUUUUCACGCAAAGGGGAUUUCAAGGAUCUAUUUAUGUUCUUCCCCGCGGUACAAGAAGUCCCCUUCGGGCCCUCCGCGUCCUGUGCCCGCACGCUCUCUCGCCGAUAAACUGGGGAGGAGCGCCGGGGACCUGCGGCCGACGCGCAGCCACUGGCAGCUUCUCCACUUCCGCCCGGGCUAGUGGUUCCGGGACGCGGGUCAUCAUGGCGGCGGCCUUGGCUCGGCUCGGGUUGCGUUCGGUCAAGCAGGUUCGAGUUCAGUUCUGCCCCUUCGAGAAGAACGUGGAGUCGACGAGGACCUUCCUGCAGGCGGUGAGCAGCGAGAAGGUGCGCUCCACCAACCUCAACUGCUCCGUGAUUGCGGACGUGCGGCACGACGGCUCCGAGCCCUGCGUGGACGUGCUGUUCGGAGACGGCCAUCGCCUGCUGCUGCGCGGCGCCCACCUCACCGCUCUGGAAAUGCUCACCGCCUUCGCCUCCCACAUCCAGGCCAGGGGCGCGGCGGGGAGCCGCUGACCGCGAGGAAGAGACCAACCAGUCGACCCUGGACUAGGACACUCCCUAAGAAGAGCUUGGCUCAGUCGUUGAAAUCACUAUCUGGAGGGCCACGGAGCGGGUGGGAAAGAUGGCCCGUGAUUACAGUCUUUUCAAUGGCAAGGCAAGAUUGGGGACAGUACGGAUGAACUUGAAUUUAUUUCACUUGUCAUCUCUCGUGGUCUAAAGCUUUUCGAUUUGGCUUCUUCCAUCCUCACACAUGGUACCUCGUGUUCUUAUUUACCAAAUCCAGAGCAGAAGAACACUGACACCAGACUGCGUGCUCUUUGCUCUGUCCUCAUCUUUCUUUCUGCAGCUCUUAAUGUACUUCUUGUGGAUUGCCUCUCCCUUUAUGUCCUUUUCUUAACCAUAAAGGUGUACUGCUCUCGUUCUUUUUCUUCUCUCGUUAUUCUUCCUGGGAUAUUGCAUCCGAACUUGAACUCCGGAUUAAAUUUGUUUGGUUCUAAUCCCAA